CCACCCAUUAGAUUCUCAAAAAUUUCGCUGCCAAGUGGAAAAUGGACGCCCACACUCUCCUCCGCUCCCUCCCUUCAAAAUCACCGCCACCACCGCCACUCUUCUCCGCCGUCCCUCGGCCGUCACCCGUGCACCUCACCCUCCCCCUCCCUCUUCUCCGCCACCGCCGACCCUUCAGAAUCAGAGCCGCCGACGGGGACAGUGGCGGCAGCGAGGGGCCAACAGCGCAGGUCCCCCCACCGAUAACCCCACCGGACACGGUCGAGAUCCGGUUCCGGCGGGGCUCCAGGAGGCGAAGGCAGCAGCAGCAGCAGGUGGGAGAAGACGGGCGGCCGAUGAACGCCCAGGCGAUGAAGGAGGCGGCCGCGCCUCCGAAGAAGUGGGAGGAGAUGAGCCUGAGGGAGAAAGCCGUGGAACUGUACGUGGGGGAGAAGGGGCUGCUGUUUUGGCUGAACAAGUUCGCCUACGCCUCGAUCUUCAUCGUGAUCGGGGCGUGGAUCUUGUUCCGGUUCGUCGGGCCCUCCCUCAACCUCUACCAGUUAGACUCCUCUCCUCUCUCCCCCACCUCCAUGUUUAAGGAAUAAAGUCCUUAAUCUAGUAGGAAAUGUUACAGUGAGUAUGUAAUUUUGGAUGAUAGUUAGUUUGUGACUUUGUACAACAACAAAAGUCGAUUAGUAUAUCGUGUCAUAAACCGAUCAAUGGCUGGUUGUAAUCCAUUUUCUUUGAUCUUGGGCUCCGGCUUCUCGGCUAUUAUUGACUGCUGGAGGAAGGUGCAGCAACCAUAAUGUUAUGCCAAUUCUUCCAUGGAAA